CGGCUGUGUAACCGGUGCUGACCGGCCGUUUCUUUUGCCUGUCGUUUUUCUUGCACAGGUGGUUUUGGGGCCGCUUUACUUCAGUUUUUAACCCCUGUCGCUGCGCUACCAGCCGGCUCUGCCGCAGAGCCGCUCCGGUGCGCUCGAGGCUUCCUGAGCCGGCACAGCCCGGGGUGCGGGGCCGAGCCCGGCCGAGCCAGGGAAGCGGCGGGGGCACCAUGCCUGCCACCUUCGCCGGGAGGUGCCUGGGGCGGCUGCUGCCGCCGCUGCUGUUGCUGCUGUGCAUCAGUUUCUCGGGCGGGAGCCCCGCAGGUAAAUAUCCAGUUAUGACAACUCAAGAUGCCAGUCAGUCUCAGGCGAACUCCUUGACUAAGAUGCAAGCUGGACUCAAUGAAUCAUCUGGCCCAGAUCUUACCACACAAGGUCUCAAGCAACCAAGCAAGGAGCGCCAGUCUAAUAGCUCUUUUCUGCAGUUUGAGAUACUUCUACCUGGUCCUCCUGGUACUUUGCUGGAAAGAAAUAUCAGUUUGGCCAAUGCAACUACAGUUGAACUUUCAUGCAAAUUAGAUCCAAAUUCUCAUUUAAAAAGCCCUCAAGUGACUUGGAAAAGGGGGAAUGAAACAAUCAGUCACACCACUAAAACUGAGAACAGCUGGAGCAUCAAAUUGGUGAUAGUGGAUAGCAGUAAGAUGGGAAGUUACAGCUGUAUCCUGAAAGGUGACAAAGAACUCAGUGCUACGUUUCAUUUACACGUACCGAAAAUUGAAGCAAGAGAAAAACCUGUAAUCACUUACGAAAAAGAUACAGCUGUAAUGGUUUGUAAAAGUGACUCUACUCCCAUGACUUGGACCUGGUAUAUGAUGAGUGGAAGUAAGCCGGUUAUCAUUAAUGAAUCUUUGUGGACAGACAAGUACCUAAUUUCUAGACUGUCUGCCAAUGUAACCCGUCUGAGGAUACUCAAGCUCACCAAGGAAGAUGCUGGUGUAUAUUGGUGUGAAGCUGUUUUCGAAUUAGGGAAAAGUGAAAGGAAGAUGGAACUUAAAGUUCUGUCCCUCAUGGCACCUCUCAAACCCUUCAUAGCAGUUGUUGCUGAAGUUAUUAUUUUGGUAACUACCAUUGUCCUUUAUGAGUUGUAUUCGAAAAGGAAAGGAAAAUGUACCGGUGGAAAAGCAUGUGACCAAACUGAGCAACUUAAAUCACGUGAAGGCAGUAGUGCUAGCCACAGAAAAAUUUAAUCCGGUUCCUGAAAAGGAGACUUAACCCAACAGAAGUGGAAAUUGUUACAAAGCUACAGAAGAUGUAUGCAGCUAUGCAUUUGAAACAUUCACUGUGUUUCUAAGUAAAGUCCUCUAUGUUUAUGAG